AUGGAGGCCAGGGAGCUCCUGGAAUGCGCGGCUUCGUUUGGAAUCAGCGACUCCUCCCAAGGAUCUUCGCAGUUUGGGGAUACGCUGGAGAUUGCCGUGUUCCCGGAUCAAGGCGGGAGAGGUCUGGGUGUGGCUCGGAAUGUGGAGCAGGGUGAGAUGAUUCUCAGAGUUCCAUUUGCUGCUUUGAUUGGUGUCCAUUGCGCGAGGGAAGAUCCCGAGUUUGGAAAAGUGCUGGUGGAUUUCGCGCAUUUGUCUUCUGUACAGAUCUUGACGGCGUAUCUCUUGAGCGAAGUUGCCAAGUCUCGCUCCUCUCGGUGGUUUUCAUAUCUUCGCCAUAAUCCUCAAGUUCAUCACAAUCUACCUCAUUUUUCCGCAAUGGAAGCUGAAGAACUGCAGGUGGAGGAUGCGAUCUCGAUGGCAAAAUCGUCUUUCGAAGACACUCAGAGACAGUGGAGGGAGACGUCCUCAUUGCUUUCACGUCUUCGCCUCCCACGUAAGUUUACUACUUUCAAGGCCUGGCUUUGGGCCGCUGCUACCAUAUCAUCCAGAACGCUACACGUCCCAUGGGAUGACGCAGGCGUGCUAUGUCCCAUCGGCGAUCUCUUCAACUACGACGCACCGAUAGAAAGAACUCUGUCUUCGAGAAAUGAGGACGACGAGCACAAGUUUACGAGCAGGCUCACUGAUGGUGGCUAUGAAACUUCCAUCAGUUCCUACUGUUUCUAUGCGCGGAGGAGCUACAAAAAUGGCCAGCAGGCUCUCAUUUGCUACGGGCAGUACACGAACUUGGAGCUUCUCGAACACUACGGAUUUUUGCUACCGGAUAAUCCUUGUGACGUGAUUUACAUUCCACUGCCAAGCUCGGAGGAAUUCGGGCUCAAAAGUACCGGAGACAAAAGCGAAAGACAACACAACCUCGCAGCUUAUUGUAUAGAGGCAAGCGGGAAGCCUUCGUUUUCGUUGCUACAGCAACUAAGACUUCGUGCCGUUCCAGCUUCUCUACGAAAGUCACACGGCUACAUGGCGUCUCAAGGCUUGCCAAUUUCCAGAGAGAGCGACCAGCUUGUUUUCCUCUGGCUGCAAAAGAAGUGCCAAAAGCUUCUGGAGAAACUUCCAACGACGAUAGAGCAAGACGAGAGAGCUCUGGAACAGCUGGAAAAGAGUACAAGCUCUGGUUCAUGCGGAGUCGAGAGGCACAAGCUCGCCAUCCAGUGGAGGCUGGGAUACAAAACCAUCCUGCAACGUUGUCUCACUUACAGCAAAGGCGAAUCACUCGGCUUCGAGUAACCACCGAUACUUUGCAAGAGUUUCUUCUU